AUGUCGGCAGGCCCCGCCGCCCGACCUGAGGCGAACAGGGGGCGGCCCGGCUCGGCUGCGGACCCUUCGAGGCUCCUGGGCCGCGUAAAGAAACGGGCGCGGAGCCCGACGCCCACCGGCUGCCCGCGCCAGCUCCGGAGAUCAACAAUUGAACAAAGAGUGAAGAUCGAACGAAAGAAUUCAACUGAGGGUGAUUCUCUGUACUCCACUGAUAUGAUGGAUUCCAACAUCAGAGAUCCCAGUGUGGUUUCUGCAAAACAAUUAAUUCGAAGAUCUGUUAGACAGACGCAUUUCAAAAGAGGAACUGAAGGAGAUGAGACUGUUCAUGUGCAGAAAAGCAAGUGCAUUAUGCUUGAAGAACCUAAAUAUCUCCGACAGUCUUCUAAAUAUGACCACUUUAAUCAAGGUGAUGAUGUAUGUGGCAGUGAUUACAAUAUUGAAAACACCUUGAAUUCUGCCAGGAAGGAAAAUGCUCAAGGUACGUCUUCAUUAGAAAACCAGCAAGUGGUUCUAUCUUCAAAGGAGCCUUUUGUUGUAAAACAAGCUGCAGAAGGCAAUGAAGUCAGCCACUGUGAAGAGAAGCAUUUUCUUCACAAAGUGCCUGAUAUCAUUAGGGCCUAUAAAGAAGAUGUUCUUGUGCUUGACGUGAUUCAAGAUGACCCAGAGCUAUUUGGCAGUCCCAGUAAUACCUCUGAGAUGGUGCAAGAAGAAGCUGAUUGUACAGAAGUGGAGGUAAAAUCUGUAGAUGGUAAAUUUGCAAAUGAGCUGACCAUCAUACAGCAGGAUUCAGAUGACAGGAUAUCCAGUGCCUGUCUAUAUGUACCCAAGGAGGCUACUUGUGGAACCCUGUCAAAUUGUACCAAUCCUCAGCAGGAUGAAUUAAAGGCUCAAAGCAACAUACCUUUGAGUAAAAAACAUGACUUGGAAGAGGACCUUCAAGUUGAGUCGUUAGUAAAUGAAGAAGAGUUAAUUGAAUCUGGAGUCAGUAUGUGCCAGGUUGUUUCAAGUACUGCAUUAGCUUUUGAGACAGUUGAUGGCAAAGGGACUGAAACAAGCAUCAACAGCUCUAAGGAUCAUUGUACAUCUGGGCCUACAUUGGAAAAUGAUUUUUCUCUGAAACCGCUUUGUUCAGAAUCUUCAGUUGGGAAGUCAGCCUUGACAAAUAAUUUAAAGCUUGCCCACGAGCAUAUAUUGCCAGCAACAUCAGCACGACCUGCUUCUUCUCUGCAGCUGAACAUCUCGGAGUAUUGUUUUAUGACCAGGCCUUUUAAUUGUCCUUUGAAUUUGACUGUACCACCAUCUGGUUACUGUAGAUUUUAUUUCACUACAGUAAGAGGCUGCAAGAAAAAACAGUGUAGGUUUGAACAUGAUGUUAAAAAAGGCGAUGAAAAGUUUUGUAUGGAGAUUGUUCAGAAAUUUAUGGAGUCAGGAAAUCUGUAUCUCUUUCUCCGUGCAGUAAGAAUAUUCCGAAACUACUACAGAAAUUUUCAGCCUGGCACUUACCACAGUUGCCAAGUGAUGAAUAGAUUGCUUUUCACAUUGUUGAAGUUGCAAAGGUGCCAAGACAUAUUUGAAAUACUCAAUCUGGCCAUAAAUAUGAACAUCUUGCCAGAUGCUGAAAUUGUACCGAAUGUAUUUGAUCUUGUAGCAUCCACAGAUUCGAGGGCCCUGGUUCCUGAUCUCAUAAUAAUAACUUGCAAGCUUAUAGAAGCAGGACUUAAGUUCCAGUUGGACCAGUUUAAUUACAUGAUACAUCUGCUGAAUCAACUGCAAGCAUCUCAUCAAGAAAUACAUUUAAUCAUGGCCCUUAAACCCAGGCUACGUUCUCAUCAAACUGAAGCAGAAGCAGUGUUUGACUUGAAUUUUGCAAUAGCUGAAAUAGAGCAAUAUAAAGAAAAAGGAGAAUGGAACAGGAUGGGAAUUUUAUUUCAAAGUUUGCUUCAGAAUCAUGAUGCCCAAAGUGAAAUCCAUAGAAUUGCCACAUGCAUUGCUAUUGCUAUUAUAAAGAGCAAGGAUAAUGGAGCUGCAGUCCCUUUCUGUGAAUUUGCAAAAGCAGGUGGAGUUCAUUUGAUAAACAUCAGUGAAAAGUAUUGUUGCUGUUAG